GCCACAGGCCAGCCAGUGUUACAUAACGCAUUCUAUUAUUCAAUGUAUUUAUCGUACACUAUGCUAAGUAAUCGUAUAGAAUAGUCCAUCUUCUUAUUAAUAAUUCUUGUAUGUCAAUGAUAAAAUGCUAUUACACGUACAUACAUCGAUUGUCUUUCUCAUCCUCAGCUAGUUGCAACCAUUGAUCGUCUUCCAUUCCAUACUUAAUUGAUCAAAACAUCAUCUCCUUAAUUACAAGCUUCAUCGCACCGAGCAGGAAAUGACAAACUGGUCCAUUAAGCUUGAAGACGGUGAAAAGAUCACGAAAGUUUUGAUUAAUCAUGGAUACAUCGUUGACGGAAUCGGGUUUGAAAUAGCUGAUGUGAAUGGGAAAACCAAGGUUAUGUCGUUUACAGGCCCCGGAGGAUCACCUUCUGAGAUACCGUUGAGCUCGAAUGAAUUUAUAACCCUUAUUAGCGGAACGUUCGGUGAGUACUCAGGCCAGACAUGCAUCACCACAAUGAAGAUACAUACCAAUUUACGACCAGAUGGUUACGGCCCGUAUGGUCGGGCUGAGGAGGCCCAAGAUGUAACGCCUUUUUCAACUUCACUUCCGUUGGAUGGUUCUAUUAUUGUUGGGUUUCUCGGAUCCAGUGGAGAAUAUCUAAAUUCAAUUGCAAUUUAUACUGGGAGUCAAAGUAUUGAGAAGUACGGGCCUUUUGGCUAUCAACGCGGGCAACCAUGGUCACUUUUGCUAGAGCCAGGUGAAAAUUUAAGUGAAAUAAUCAUAAGGACUGGCGCAAUCGUUGAUUCAAUUGCGUUUGUCACAACAAAGCCUGGAAAAUUUGGGUGGACCGCCACUCAUCGGAAGUUUGGCGGCGAUAGCGGAAAUGCUGAACACAAGAUUACACUUCAAUGUGACGAGUAUAUAACAAAUAUAAGUGGUACAAUUGGAGAAUGGCACACAAAUUGUGACUUGACCAAGUUAAAGAUCCAUACUAAUUUGUUUCAAGAUGGUCAUGGACCUUAUGGAGGAGGACCGUACACCGACUAUUUGUCUGAUUUUUGCUCACGAGUACCAUCAAGUGGUCGUGUUGUUGGAUUUUUUGGGACACUAGAGAACAAUUACGUUGAGUCUAUUGGACUCUACGUCAAAAAGGAUUGCUAAUGAUCUCAACUUCUUGCGAACGGAUACUGGAUCAAGUCUUUGGCAGGGUACCUUAAUUAAUUACCAUCUUCUUUCAGUAAAAAGUCCAAUUCGAUCUCAAGCUAAGUAAUGUUUAUGUAUAAAUGAGCUUAUGUGCUUCACGUUGAUCAAUUAUGUAUGUGCAGUGGAAUAUCUUUGUUUUCAAUAAGCAUCAUGUACAGAUGUAAUGUCCGUUCAAGUGUGGCUUCUAAUCAUGAAUUUGUGACAAAUACGGCUCAAAA